CGCGCGCGCGCACACACACACACACACACACACACACAUCCCUUCAUUCCCAUUAGUUUGGGUAAUACCAACUCACCUCUUGGAAACUGAAAGUGUUUAUAAGGAUCCAGUUGGAAAGCCCCAUAUUUUUCUUUCCUAUUUUUGCUGGUAUAAAAGAGUAAUGUACUCUGCUUGCUGAUGAGUUCUGCAAUGUCUGAGACUGCUUUGAAGCUCCUCUCAUAAUUUUCACCUUUUUAUUCAUUGCGCAUGAAAAGCCAAUUUGACAGCUAAAAAUGAGCCUGCUCUUGUCAUCAGAUGUUAAGGAUUUGCAAUUUAUGGAGGCAGUAGCCAAUACUCUAAAAGAGGGAAUUGCCUCUGUCUGUAAUAUUUGCAAGUCCCUCCUUGAUGCACAUGUAGAUCCGAACACUGACAAGUGCUCCAACUACAUACAAAUCAGGCAACAAAUUGAGCUGGCUGAACAUUGCCUGAAAAAGUCAGAGACCAUGACUAAAAAAAAACUGAGAAAUUUGGAUGAACACAUGGAGCAACUUAUUCAAAAGAAGGAACAUGAUGAGCAAAUGCAGAGAGACAAAAGUCUGGAAAUUGAUAAAUUUCACAAAGAGAAGACAUCUUCUGAACAAUUAUUAAACAUUUCGAAAGCUGCUUUGGAGCAGGCGAAAAAAAAUCUAGCAUCAGAAGAAGAGGCAGUAAAAAAAGAGAGAGAAAGAGAGGAGUCAUUGCGAGGCUUAACCACAGCAGGAGCGGUAAUGUUUGUAAUACCGGUUUUUGGAUGGAUUGCUGGUGCAGUAAUGGUAGGUGUGGGAGAAAGUGAACGUAGUAAGGCUUUAGAUUCUAUCAAGGCUGCUGAAGAGGAGCGAGAAAGGUGUGAUUCUCAAGUGCAGGAGUGCAUCAAGAAAGUGUCUGAUUACCAGAACAAGAUCUUUGAGAAACAGACUGAGAUCAAGGAAACCAACAAGGCACUGAAUAAGAUUCGAGAGGAGAUAAAAGAGCUAAAGCAUCAUCUAGUGGUCAUAGCUGAAAUUCAGCAAAAUGUCCGGAAAGUUGUAAAAAAUCUGAGUGUUUUUACUGGAAGGGUCACUGUAUUAGAGAGGCAAACUCAACGUUUCAUUCUCUAUGAGCCUGUGAUUAAAGUAAUGGAAAAUGUGUUGGAGGCAGCUGUAAAUAUCGCAAGGAAUCAAAUCCUCUAUAGUCAGGGUGAACCAUGCCUAAUAAAUAAUUUGAUGGAGAAUAAAAGAGUACUGCUGGCUUUAUGCAACUCACCCAACACUUCUGAAGAUGACAGUUAUUACUAAUAAUCUCAUCUAAUAUUAAAACUAAUACAGAAACAAAUUUAUAUGUAAUGGUAGCCAGCUGGGAGGUAGCUGUGCAGUGUGUAAACCUCACUCCCCUGGCCUCAAGAGGUGCACUAGCGACUGAUGCUAGGGGCUGUGGUAUUAAGCCUCCUUGUUAGCGUGCCUGCCUCUGAUGCCGAAGACACCGGUUUGAAUUCUGCUCAGAGCGAGUCGGGAAGGACAGUUUACAUAUGCAAAGCUUUAGAGAAAAAUAAUUUUGUUUAUAUUUCAAAAUAUUUAAAGUUAAAAACAUUUUAUUGUGCUAUAUCGUGUGUCUGGACAUUUUUGUACCUACUGAAAUUGAGUUAGUGUAAAAUACUGUAGUAAAAGCAGUGGUGACACUUGUAGUGAUUUUAUCCUGCCUUAAUGCACAAAUUAAAAGAUGUCAUCACAACUGAAUUAUGAUACAUGUAAUAUAAAAUUGUAAAAUCAAAUGACAAGUAUUCCAUUUUAAUAUUAAAAAAUGUGUAGAAAUUACU